AUGGCAAACGACCAAAUGAAGCCCAUUGCCACCCUUCUUUUGGUGCUGAACUUUUGCAUGUAUGUCAUAAUAUUAGGCAUUGGUGGAUGGGCCAUGAACCGAGCCAUAGAUCAUGGCUUUGUUAUAGGUCCAGGAUUUGAUCUACCUGCUCAUUUUUCACCCAUAUACUUCCCAAUGGGAAAUGCUGCCACUGGAUUCUUUGUGACAUUUGCUUUGAUUGCCGGAGUUGCUGGUGUUGGAUCAUUGAUUCCAGGAGUCAAUCAUGUCCGUUCAUGGACUUCCGAGAGCUUGCCAUCUGCAGCUUCAGUGGCUUCCAUUGCAUGGGCUCUUACUGUUCUUGCCAUGGGUUUUGCCUGCAAAGAGAUUCAGCUCAACGUGAGAAAUGCCCGUCUGAAAACAAUGGAGGCUUUUAUGAUUAUCCUUUCCGCUACACAGCUUUUCUACAUAGCUGCUAUCCAUGGUGCUGCUGGAAUCAGGAGAUAA